AUGCAAACCCGUGGGAACCGUCUAAACUACUUCGCUUUAAAUGAUGGACCUGAAGACUGGUUGUCUAGCCAGGAAGAGCCGGUCCCAUCAUCCCCACCCUUUGGCGAUAGUCAAUCAGCAAUCGGUACCAAAAUCGAUCCUCUUCUUGAAUCUUUCGACGAAGUUUUACCUUCAGAAUCCGCCUCCCAGCAGCCAGCCACGAACUCCAAACGGCAUGACUCUACCACCAACAUUCGGCAUCAUUUGAAAGAGAAGCAUGGUGUUCUACCACCUAAUGUCUCCAUCCCUGAUCCAGCUCCGAAGCCUAAUCUUAUCAGUCUUUGGGGAAAGAAGGGAAAGAUUACAGCUCAACAACUUCUUGAGAAUAAUCUUCUUCGUUGGGUUAUUAGCAGCAAACAACCAUUUACAGUCAUUGAGUCCCCAGAAUCUCGGCAAUUAUUCAAGGAUAUACCAGGGGUUUCGCCCCCAUGUACCUCUCGACAUACACUUCGACAGCGUCUUCUGGAAGACUUCAACUUACAACAUGCUAAGUUGAAAGAAGAGCUUGCGACUACAUGCCAAGCAAUCGCUCUAUCCCUUGAUGUAUGGACCAGCAAGAACCAUAUCCCAAUUUUGGGUGUCAUUAGCCAUUGGCUUACAGAAGAAUUUGACUAUCGAGAGAAAGUCCUUGAAUUCAAAGAGCUCCAUGGUCCCCAUAGUGGAGAGAACUUGGCUGCAGCUAUUCAAGCUCUACUUGUUGAACUGUAUCUUGAGCUCGUUUGGGACCAAUUCCUUAUUCUGUGGGGAUGCUUGGCCCAUAUCAUCAACCUCAUCGUGAAGGAUAUUCUACUGGCUCUGAGGUCCGGUAAUACAGAAGAAGCUGCUUCUAUCUCUUCGGAUCUUAGCUCGCUGGAUUCAACGGAGUCCACAACGAAGGCAAUCAUGGAACGAUACUUGCAACCGGAUGAACUUAUCUAA